AUGUCUUACAUUGCACAACUAGACACAUUUGUGUCAAGGCUCAAUGAUAGUGGUGACGAUUAUACCACCAAACAUUCAAUAUUAUCAGAAUUAUUAGAUACAAUAGAGUCAUUUAAUGGAGCAGCAGAAUAUGAAUAUUUCCUUAAGAAUCUUAUACCUAAAUUUAUCAAAGAACUCGAGGAAGUACCAAUUUCAUUCAAUUCAACUAAUCCUGAACAUAAAUUAAGAAAUAGUAUAUUAGAAAUUAUACAUAGAUCCAUUAUGAAUGAAACUUUUCAACCUUUUGCAGAACAAAUUUUAAAUGCCUUGACCAAAAUAUUAGUAGAGGAGAAUGAAGAUAAUGGAGUUUUAUGUAUGAAAAUUAUAACAAGUUUACAUAAAACUUACAAGGCAAACUUGUCUGAAAAAGUACAACCUUUUAUUGAAGUAAUGGAACAAAUUUAUGACAAUAUGGAUAAAACAGUUCAGGAAGUAUUUGUCGAUGAAUCAACUAUAGAUAAUGAUAAUAAAGAAAUGUCACCAUUUAAUGAAGAAGGUCCAUCUAAAACCUUAAGAAGAGCCAUGUUUUCAUUUAAAACAUUAGCUGAAUGUCCAAUUACUAUGGUUUCAUUAUAUUCGUCUUAUAAGUCAUUAGCAGCAACUUCAAUACCACAAUUUUUACCAAAAAUUAUUCACAUUUUACAACUACAAGUCAAACAACAACAGCAAUAUCAUGAAGAAUCAGAUAAUAACAUUGUAACUUCGGUUUCUCCUAAUGUUCAAAAUAGACAAGCAUAUAGUGAUUUCAUAUUGGGACAAGUAAAAGCAGCAUCAUUUUUAGCUUAUGUAUUUAUUAGAGGAUAUGCAAGUCAAUUUAUGAAACCUGAAGAAAGUCAAUGUAUCCCUGAUGUAAUACUUCGAUUAUUACAAGAUUGCCCUGCUGAAUUAUCAGUUGCAAGAAAGGAAUUACUUCAUGCUACAAGACACAUAUUAUCUACACCUUUUAGAACUCAAUUUAUUCCUAAAUUAGAACUAUUAUUCGAUGAGAAAAUUUUAAUUGGCGAUGGUUUAACUUCAUAUGAAACAUUGAGACCUUUAGCUUAUUCAACUGUUGCAGAUUUUAUACAUAAUGUAAGGAAUGAAUUAACUUCACCACAAAUAUGGUCAACUGUUAAUAUAUAUUGUGGAUUAUUAAAAGAUGAUUCAUUAGCUCUCACAGUUCAAAUAAUGAGUGCAAAAUUAUUAUUAAAUUUAGUUGAAAAAAUUAUGAAAUUACCAAAUAAAUUAGAAGGUAGACAAUUAUUUUUAAUUAUAAUUGACUCAUAUGCAAAGAGAUUUGAAAGUUUGAAUCGUAAGUAUGAUUUUAUUAUUGCCAAACAUAAUGAAUAUGAAAAAAAGAAAUUAAUGAAAGAGAAAGAAUCAAAAAAGGCCGUACAAAGAUAUUCGUCUAAAAAGGACCCAAUUGAACAAGAAGAGAAAGCUGAUGAAACCAAUGGUGAAAUGGAAAUUGAUAAAGAAGAAGCUAAGGAAGAUGCUGAUCCUCAAGUUGAUAAGGAUUUAGGAUUAAACGUGUUCAACAUAGACUCAUAUUCUCCAAUUGCCACUGUUCCUGUUGCAAGUAAUACGGAUGUAUUAAAAGAUGCAAGAUAUCUUUUCAGAACUUUAAUGACAUUUUUAAAAUCAGUUAUAUUUGGAUUGAAAAAUUGUAAUCCACCAGUUCCACCACAACCUCAACCAGACCAGCAACAACAACAAGUUAAUUAUGAUAAAUGGAAUGACUCUGCAAAAUUAAUAUCAGUAGAAGAAGUCAAUAUUUUAAGAGCAUUAUUUAGAGGUGGUAUCAGUUGUCUACGAUUUUUUUCAGUAUCUAAACCUAAAUUACCUGUCAAUCAAAAAACUUAUGAUUUUUCAACUGGUGGACCUAAUUUACCAAUCACAUCAUCCAAAGAUGAAAAAGAUUUAAUGGAAAUAUUUGCUACUAUUUUUAUUCAUAUUGAUCCAGCUUCAUUUAAUGAAAUUGUUAGUUCGGAAUUACCAUUUUUAUUUGAAUCAAUGUUGGAUAAUGCUGCAUUAUUACAUUUGCCACAAUUUUUUUUAGCUAGUGAAGUAACUUCUGCAAAUUUUUCAAGUAUUUUAAUUUCAUUUUUGAAAAAUAAUUUGAAUCAAUUAGGAAAUGCAGAUUUAAUAAAAUCAAAUAUUUUAAUACGGUUAUUUAAAUUAUGUUUUAUGUCAGUCAAUCUUUUCCCAACUACAAAUGAAGCUGUCUUAUUACCUCAUUUAAAUCAUCUCAUACUUGAAUCGUUAAGAUUAGGAACAAAAGCUGAAGAACCUAUAGUAUAUUCAUAUUUGGUAAGGAUUUUAUUUAGAAGUAUAAGUGGUGGAAGAUUUGAAAAUUUGUAUAAAGAAAUCAUGCCUAUCUUACCGGUGCUAUUAGAAAAUUUGAAUAAGAUGAUUGCUAAUGCAAGAAGACCUUAUGAGAGGGAUAUAUAUGUUGAAUUAUGCUUGACAGUUCCAGUUAGAUUAUCAGUUUUAGUACCUCAUUUAAGUUAUUUAACACGUCCUUUAGUUUAUGCAUUGAAUGGUCCACAAGAAUUGGUAAGUCAAGGUUUGCGUACUUUUGAAUUAUGUGUUGACAAUUUGACAGCUGAAUAUUUUGAUCCAAUGAUUGAACCAGUAGUAGACGAUAUAAUGGCAGCAUUAUGGAAGCAUUUAGAACCUGUUCCUUAUCAUCAUCAACAUAGUCAUACAGCUAUUAGAAUUUUGGGUAAAUUAGGUGGUAGAAAUCAUAAACAAAUUAAGCCAUGCGAUAAUUUACAAACCCAAUCAGAUGUUGAUCAAGAAAUUAAAGCCUUGGUACAAAUAUAUGGACUUGAUGAUAAAGUUCCUGUUUCGAUCACUCCUGGAGUUGAAUCAGCAAUUAAAUUAUUAGAUGAUCCUAGAUUGAAAAUACAUUAUAGAAUUAGUGCAUUCAAAUAUUUAACAAGUAUAUUGAAAUUAUUUAUUAACACCAAUCCAAUUCCGGAAAAUUUUAAUCAGUAUACAAAGGAAAGCGUUGAGUUUUUAAAGUCACAAGAUAGAGAAAUUGAUAUCAAAUUGAACCCACUGGACAUUAAAGAUGUUGAAAAAUUGGAUCGCCAGCAACAAUUAUUUGCAAAGUUACUUGAAAAGUUAUUCUUUUCAGUAUCAAUUCCAGAAUUAAAGGAUGAAGCAAUUGAUUUAAUAGAUGGUUUGACAACACAUUUUACAUUGAUUCAUUUAACUACUUCAGUCAUUGAAAAAAUUAAGAAGGAAAGAAAAUUUUCGGUUCUGGAUAAUGAAGGAAAAGCAUAUAUUAGUGAAAACGCGUUUUUAAGUGCUAUUACUUACGCUUUGAGCUUUUGGGAUAAAGAUGUUCGUCAAAAAGGUAUUGAUACCAUCAAAAAAAUUUAUGAUACUACAGUGAUUUUGUUUGGAUCCGAAGAAAGUGCAUUGCAUUCAUUAAUUUUUAGAUCAAUGUUUUAUAAAUUUACACAUUGCUGUUAUAAUGAAUAUUAUCAUACUAAAUUAGGUGGUGUUAUUGGUUUAAAAACAAUGUUUCAUGAUUUAGGAAUAGCUCCAACUUGGUUUUACAAAAGACAAUUUGAGUUAGCUAGAGCUAUAUUUUUCAUUCUUAGAGAUACACCAGAAACUGCCCCAUUUGAAAUUCGUGAAUCUGCAAAAAUUUUAUUGCUUGAUCUUUUAAAAACUUGUAAUAAAGAUUUGACUAAAGAAACAGUAUUAGAAAAACCAUUUCAAACUUUGGUGGGUGCUUUAGUUUAUGAUUUAGCUAGUCCAACACCAAUGGUAAGAGAAGUUGCUCAAGAAUGUUUAAAAGUAUUAUCAGAUGUUACGUCAGUACCUAUUGCUCAAAUCAUUGAUCCAUGCAAACAUUUAUUAUUAACUCCAAUUUUUGGUAAACCAUUAAGAGCUUUACCAUUUCCUAUGCAAAUUGGUAAUAUAGAUGCAAUUACAUUUUGUUUGGCAUUACCAGAUACAUUUUUAAGUUUCAACGAAGAAUUAAAUAGGUUGCUUUUGGAAGCUUUAGCAUUAGUUGAUGCGGAUGAUGAUUCUUUAGCAAAUGUUCAUCGUUUAAGUGAGUACAGAACUUCAAAGCAAUUGAUUGAACUUCGUGUAGUAUGUAUUAAAAUACUAUCACUAGCUUUAUCUAAACCAGAUUUUUCAAUAGGAACAUUAGCUGAAGCAAGAAUUAGAAUUUUGGGUGUAUUUUUUAAGGCAUUAUGUAAUAAAUCUACUGAAAUUAUUAAUGCUGCUCAUCAAGGUUUAGCUUCAAGUUUACAAGAGAAUGCAAAAUUACCAAAGGAAUUAUUACAAAAUGGUUUACGUCCAAUGUUGAUGAAUUUAUCUGAUCACAAAAAAUUAACUGUUUCAGGUUUAGAAGCAUUAGCUAGAUUAUUAGAACUUUUGAUCUCAUAUUUUAGAGUUGAAAUUGGUAGAAAAUUAUUGGAUCAUUUGAUGGCUUGGGCUCAAAUUAAUACAUUAAGGCAAAUUGCAGGUCAAAAUCUUGAUAAUAAUCACACUGUACAAAUAGUUAUGGCUAUUUUAAAUAUAUUUCACUUGUUACCUGCUAAAGCUUAUACAUUCAUGGAAGAAAUAAUUAACACUCUCCAAUACUUGGAAGGGCAUUUAGAUCGUCAUCAAAAUUCUCCUUUUAGAAAACCAAUAUCAAAAUUUCUUAAUAGAUUUGCUGAAAAUUGUAUUGAGUAUUUGAUCAAAAACUUCAAAAAUCGAAAAUUGGGGAAUAUGCUUGCAUCAAUCAUUGGAAUGGAUGGUUGUGAAAAUUUAAGAAAAGUAGCUGAAGAGAAGUUUCUGGUAUUUAUUGAAGAAAUUGAAAACGAAACUGAUCCUGAAAUUAAAGUUGUCAAGUUUGCAAAUCUUAUUGAUUUAACUGAUGCAAUUGCUAAACAUGAUAAAGAAUGGUUUAAUGGUCAAAAAAAUUUGUUGCUAACUUUAUCAAAAUUUAUUGAAGAUGCUCAUGAAAUUAGUACUGCUCCAGUUUUAUCAGCUGCUCAUUUUCAAAAUGAUCAGGCCAUUGUAAAAUUGCAACAUCUUGUUGUUGAAUUUAUUAAAAUAAAUGAAGGAGAAAUUGAUUUGGUGUUUACAGUGAUUGACCGUCUUUCUAAGUUGAAAUACAAGAUUUCGAAUGAGUUGGAUGAUUUCAUCUUUAAUGAUAUCGUCUCUUCUAACAAUCUCGAGUUGAAAAAAUCAUAUUUGAAUAAAACUGUUGAUUUCAUUGGCGAAUCAGAACCUUGUGAAAGAUCAAAAAUACUCCUUUUGAAAAAAAUUUUCAAUCCCAUUUUUAUUUUUGAGUCAGUAAAGAAUGAUGAUAUUUCAGAUUUAUUUGAAGGUGUUACAUGGCUCAAAAAAUUCGAUGAUAUUGUUUGGAAAUCUACGAAUGACAUUAUUACAAGUCAUACUUCUGGUGCUAUUGAUAGUUAUAGGUAUGCCCUUCUUGAAGUUACAGCAUUACUAUUGAAAUUAGCACCUACUCAAAUUAAUGAAUUACGUAAGGAUAUAAUCAAAUUCAGCUGGAAUUAUAUUAAAUUAGAUGACAACAUCACUAAACAGGUUGCUUAUGUUACUACUUCAUAUUUUAUUGCUGCAUAUGAUACUCCAGGAAAAUUAGCAACACAAGUAUUUGUGGCCUUGUUGAGAACACAUCAAACAGAUUCCAGACACUUAGUUAGACAAGCAUUAGAUAUUUUGGCACCAGUCAUGUCUGAUAGAAUAAAAGAUGUUGAUUCAUGGUUAAAAUGGCCGCGUCGUAUUAUAUCGGAGGAUGGUUUUAAUGUAACUCAAGUUUUAAAUGUUUAUCAAUUCAUCAUUCAACAUCCAGAUUUAUUCUUUGUUGCUAGAGAACAUUUCAUCUCAAAUAUUAUUACUGCUAUGGGAAAAUUAACUAUAUUGGCAAAUCCUGCAAUUGAAAAUCAAGUGUUGGCAAUCGAAUUAGCGGAAUUGAUCUUGUAUUGGGAAAGAAAAGCUAAAGAUUUGAAGAAAAAUGAAUCAGUUACGGAGCUGGAAAAGGAUGUAAAUGAUAUCGAUAUGGAUACUGCUGAAAAAACUUUAAAUGAUGGUGUAGACUCUACUGAAAAGGAUGGAAAAGAUGACAAACAAAUCAAUGGAGACACAUCAAUGGAAAAAUCUCAAGAUAAUUUUGAGUUGGUUAGUAAAGAUUCUGAAAACCCUGGAGAAGUUCAAGAUGAAUUGAAAACUGAAGGUGAUUUCACUACCUCGCCUGCUUACACAAUACCAUUUGGACAAAGAGAAGCUUGUGUUACAUUUUUGAUUAGAUAUGUUUGUAUUAGUCCACAAAGAGCUUCUGAAAGUGAGUUAGGGCAAAAAGCAUUGGGAAUUUUAUAUGAUUUAUUGAGUCCUGAACAUUGGCCAGAAGUCACUGUGAAAUUGACUUUUUUCGAAAAAUUUUUACUUUCAAAUGAUUUGAAUUCAAAUAACUUGUUGGGAUAUUGUUUAAAUGCUUUAGAAGUUUUGGGUGUUGUCCUAGAAUGGAAGCAACCUGAUUGGAUUGUUUCCAAUUUGUCUUAUUUGCAAAAAUUAUUAGAAAAAUGUAUAAAAUCUGAUAAUCAUGAUAUUCAAGAAAUUUUACAAAGAGUUUUAUGUACUAUUUUGGGAGCAAUCAAUAAGCAAAAAAAAGCAGAUGAAGAAGAAGAAGAAGAAGAGGAUGUCAAGGAAUUUAUUAAUUUAUUAACUACAUCUGUUUCUGAGGAUUUAGGGGAUAUGCCAUCUUUUGCUGCAGGAGUUACUUUAUCAUGGACUUUGGCUCAAUAUAGACCAUCUGCAUUAGAUCCGUUAUUGCCCAUCAUCAUGAAAACUUUCAGUAAAUUAUGUAAGGAUCACAUCACCAUUACACAUCAAGGUACUCAAUCUAAAGAUAAUACAAAUGCUGAAUUUGAAGCAAAAAUGACAACUAAAUUAUUGGAAAAAAUUUUGAAUUUAUGUUCCAUGAGAAUUUCGAAUUUAGGAGAUCAAAGACGUAUUUUCUUAUCAUUACUAGCACAAUUAAUCGAAAGAAGUCUAGAUAAAGAAACUCUUGAAAAAAUAAUAAAGAUUGUCAAGAAUUGGGUAUUUUCAAAGACAGAUUUAUUUCCAACAACUAAAGAAAAAGCAGCUAUAUUAUCUAAAAUGAUGGUGUUUGAAGUUAGAGGUGAGCCAACAUUGUCUAAAGAGUUUUAUCAAAUAAUUGUUGACAUUUUUGAGGACGAUUCAUUUAGUUGUACUGAGUUGACUGUUCGGAUGGAGCAACCAUUUAUGGUUGGUACAAGAUCUACUGAUGUUUUGAUUAGAACUAAAUUGAUGUCGAUUUUAAACAAUAGUUUGGAAAAGGAUAUAUCCAAAAGAUUAUAUUAUGUGAUAAGAGAGCAAAAUUGGGAGUAUUUAGCAGACUAUCCAUGGUUGAAUCAAGCAUUGCAAAUUAUAUUUGGAUCAUUUAAUUUUGAUAAAAAGAUUGAAUUCGUAGCUGAUGAAAAUAAAUUAGCUCCUAUUGAGACCAUUGAUCUUCCGAAAUCAUCGAACUACGAUCAAAUGGAGGUUGAUUCAGAUGAAAAAUUAACGGAUAUGUUAAAAAAUCACUCAGAAUUUUUAAGCAAGAUAAAUGACUUAAAAGCUGGUGAUGUAUUUGAACCAUUAAUUGAUAUGUUUUACCAAAGUAGUGAAUCCAUCCAUAAAACUUGGUCCACAAUUUUUCCAAUUGUUUUCAAGUCUAUUCCACGUUCUGAACAUUUAGAUUUCACUAGAUUUUUAGUCAUAUUAUUAUCUAAGGAAUAUCAUACUCGUCAAAUUGAUAUGAGACCAAAUGUUAUUCAAUGUUUGUUAGAAGGUAUCGCCAAAUGUUAUGAUUUACAAUUACCUCCAUUCGCUGUUGAAUGCUUAGCUGCAAAUUAUGAUGCAUGGUCUCAAGGUUUACAAUUAUUAGAAAAAAUCAAUGAAGAGUCGGUCAAUGCUAACGCUGAUGUACGUGAAGUUGUUCAGGAUGCUUUAACUAAACUUUAUGCCACUUUGAAAGAGGAUGAUAUGUUUUAUGGAAUAUGGCGUAGAAGAGCUAAAUAUACAGAAACUAUUAGUGCAUUAUCUUAUGAACAAAUGGGUCUAUGGGAUAAAGCUCAACAAUUGUAUGAAACUGCACAAAUUAAAGCUCGUAGUGGUGCAUUACCUUAUGGUGAAUCUGAAUAUGCAUUGUGGGAGGAUCAUUGGAUUUUAUGUUCAGAAAAACUUCAACAUUGGGACAUUUUAACUGAUUUGGCAAGACACGAAGGAUUUUCAGAUUUAUUAUUAGAAUGUGGUUGGAGGGUUGCUGAUUGGUAUAAUGAUAGAGAAACUUUAGAUCAAACCGUUAAGAACGUAAUGGAUGUUUCAACUCCACGUCGACAAAUUUUUGAAACAUUUUUAUGCUUACAAGGUUAUGGACAAGAAAAAGAAACGUUACAGGAUCUUUCAAAAUUAUGUGAUGAAGGUAUUCAAUUAGCAUUACGAAAGUGGCAUGGAUUACCCAAAAAAUUUGCAAAUGCUCAUAUUCCCUUAUUACAUACUUUCCAACAAUAUGUUGAAUUUAUGGAAGCUAGUCAAGUUUAUGCAAGUUUAGUUAGUACAAAUGCUCAGAACUUAGAUGUAAAAUCUCAAGAAUUGAAAAGAGUAUUACAGGUUUGGCGAGAGAGGUUGCCUAAUAUUUGGGAUGAUAUCAAUAUAUGGAAUGAUUUAGUAACAUGGCGUCAACAUGCAUUUCAGGUCAUCAACAAAGUUUAUAUGCCUUUUAUUCCUGUACUUCAGCAAUCAAGUUCUGGUAGUAAUGCUAAUUCAUAUGCUUAUCGUGGAUUUCAUGAAAUAGCUUGGGUCAUUAAUAGGUUUGCUCAUGUAGCUAGAAAACAUAAUAUGCCUGAAGUUUGUAUUAAAGAGUUAACAAGAAUUUAUCAGUUACCUAACAUUGAAAUUCAAGAAGCAUUUUUGAAAUUAAAAGAGCAGGUCAAAUGUCAUUAUCAGAAUCCAAAUGAGUUGAAUACCGGUCUAGAUGUUAUUAGCAAUACUAAUUUAGUAUAUUUUGCAACCCAACAAAAAGCUGAAUUUUUUACUUUGAAAGGAAUGUUUUUAAAUAAAUUGAACCAAAAGGAUGAAGCAAAUAAAGCUUUUGCGACUUCUGUACAAAUUGAUUUAAAUUUACCAAAAGCUUGGGCAGAGUGGGGUAUGUUCAAUGAUAAAAGAUUUAAAGAAAAUCCUAAUGAUAUGGUUUAUGCAAAUAAUGCUAUUAGUUGUUAUUUACAGGCUGCUGGUUUAUACAAGAAUGGUAAAACUAGAAAAUUGUUGGCAAGAAUUUUAUGGUUAAUCAGUUUAGAUGAUGGUUCUGGUACAUUAGCUCAAGCAUUUGAGAAUUUUAGAGGUGAAGUACCAGUUUGGUAUUGGAUUACAUUUAUACCGCAAUUGUUGGCAUCAUUAUCUCAAAGAGAAGCUAAAUUGGCUAAACAAAUUUUGGUAAGAAUUGCAAAGAGUUAUCCUCAAGCUUUGCAUUUCCAAUUGAGAACAACUCGUGAAGAUUUUGCUGCUCAACAACGUCAAGCUAUUGAAAUGGCGCGUCAACAAGCUGCAUCUGUGAACAAUGCUGAUGGAGGAAAUGAACAUGUAAAUGGUCAACAAUCACCACCACCUCAAAUUACAAUACCAAAUUCUGUACGUUUACCAUUGGAGCACGUCGAAGAAAUUAUGGCAAUAUUGAAAACAGCUUAUCCCUUAUUAGCUUUAUCAUUAGAAUCAUUAGUUGAUCAAAUAAAUCAGCGAUUUAAAUGUACUGCAGAUGAAGAUGCUUAUAGAUUAGGUGUUGCUUUAUUGAAUGAUGGUGUACAAUAUUUGAAUAGAUUAGGAAAUCCAAAAGAUGAUGCUAAACUUCCACCCGUGACUGAAGCUAAUAUAACAAGGUUUGCAGAAACUGUUUUACCAAAACAAAUCCGAGCUGAAUUUGAACAAGAUUUGGUAUUCUCGAAACCUAAUUUGGAAACUUACAUUACAAAAUUAAGAAAAUGGAGAGACAGGUUGGAAGAUAAAUUGGAUAGAAGAUUUACAAAAGUUAAUUUGGAGAAUUUAUGUCCUCACUUAAGUGAAUUUCAUCAUCAAAAAUUUGAAGAAAUUGAAAUCCCAGGUCAAUACUUAUUAAAUAAAGAUAGCAAUAGUCAUUUUGUUAAAAUAGAGAGGUUUUUACCAACAAUUGAAUUGGAUCGUGGUACAAAUGCUUGUUACAAAAGAUUAAGAAUUAGAGGUCAUGAUGGUAGUUUGCAUACUUUUGCUGUUCAAUUCCCAGCUGCUCGUCAUUGUAGAAGAGAAGAAUCCGUUUUUCAAUUAUUUAGGAUUUUCAAUGAUAAUAUUUCAAGAAAAGUUGAAACCAGAAGAAGAAAUAUUCAAUUUACAUUACCAAUUGCUGUACCAUUAUCUCCACAUAUAAGAAUUGUUAAUGAUGAUACUAGGGAUAUAACCUUACAAAGAAUAUAUGAAGAUUUUUGCAGAAAUAAUGGCAAGAGUAGAGAUGAACCAUUUAUAUAUACUGUUGAAAAAUUAAGAGCAGCAUUUGAUCAAAGAUUACCAAAACCUGAUUUAGCAAGUAUUAGAGUUGAAAUAUUAAGUGCAAUUCAAACUUUAUUAGUUCCAUCAACUGUUUUGAAAAAUUACUUUCUCAAUCUUUAUCCAAGUUUUGACAAUUUUUGGUUAUUUCGAAAACAAUUCACAUCACAAUAUGCAUCUUUCAUUUUCGCUACUUAUAUGAUGUGUGUAAAUGCUAGACAACCACAAAAGAUUCAUGUGAACAAAGGUUCUGGUAAUGUUUGGACUUCAGAUAUGUUACCUUGCAAAAUUCCUAAUAGAAAUGAUUCAAACUCGAAACCUCAACCAGUAUUUGUUAAUGCUGAACAAGUUCCUUUUAGAUUAACACCAAAUAUUCAAAAAUUGAUUGGAGAAAAUGGUUUAGAAGGUAUUUUAGCUGUUUAUGUUUUAUGUAUUGCUCGAGCUUUAUUAGAACCUGAAUCUGAUUUGGAACAAUAUUUGACCUUAUUUGUUAGAGAUGAGGUUAUCAAUUGGAUUUCACAAUCACCUGAAAAUAAUUUAAGAGAAGUUGUCAAAUUGAACGUUGAAAGCAUUAUUAAAAGGGUGAUGACAAUGGGACACAUAUCUUCUGGUUUAGGGGUGGCUACUCAAAAUGUUUUGGAAUUAAUAUCACAGGCUGUAAAUCCAAGAAACUUGGCUGCUGCUGAUACUUUGUGGAUGGCUUAUUUAUAG